AUGGCAAUUACAUCUUGUUCAAUAAGCAACACUACUUCUUCAUCCAAUGAAAUGUCUGAAGACUUUGAAGGUUUCGUAUCUACCCACAAGGCACUUAAAACUAUUUUCCUGCAAGCCUCCAACGAAUGUGAAUGGAAAUAA